AAUACAGCGAAUUCCCCAACCCCUCUCAUUUGAGUCUUCGAGCUGUCAAACCCACCCUCUCUUAUCUAAUAUACAGCGAAUUCAAGUUUGGAAUUGUCACACACACACACACACAUUCUCUCUCUCUCACACACACAGCCAGAUUUUUGAAGUUGGUAAGUUUAUAAAAUAUUAAAACUACAACUAUAAACCGCAACACCCACGACAAAUUAAGCAGAAAAAAUAGUUUCUUUUCUGGAUUUGCAUUAUAUAUCUUUCAGAGAAAGAUUUCUGGAGAUCGAUGAACGACAAAGAACAGUAGUUGUUUGCAUGAGAAUCACAGAAGAGCUUAUCAUUAAUGGCGUAUGGGCAGCAUUAUCGAUCGCCGUUCGGAGACACCACUUUUAGAAAGGUGUUCGUCGGAGGGCUUGCAUGGGAGACGCCGGUCGGAGUAAUGCGUACGUAUUUUGAGCAGUUUGGUCACAUUCUUGAAGCUGUUAUCAUCACCGAUAAAAUCACCGGCAAGUCUAAGGGAUACGGAUUUGUGACAUAUGAGGAUGCUGAAUCUGCAAAAAGAGCUUGUGAUGAUCCAAAUCCUGUGAUUGAUGGAAGAAAAGCUAAUUGUAAUAUUGCAUCUCAUGGAAGAAAUCAAGGGAGUAGUACAAUGACAUAUAGCGGAGCAGGAUCACCGGUGGCUCUUCUGCUGCCGCCACAACCACCAUCAUCCGUCAUGUAUCCGCCUUAUGGGUAUGCAACUUACCCUCCAGAAUAUGCUUAUCACCAGGCAAUGUACAACUCGGCAAUGCAGCAUGCAUACUAUGGGCCCACAUCUGCACCGUAUUACUAUGGGCAGUCCCCCACCCAAUUAGCUUCACCAAGGGGAGCAUUAACACCCCAGGUGCAACGUCUUCAGCAGCCAUCGUAUAUGUACUAUCCUACGCAGCCAAUGUGUCAAGUCGACUAUCCUACGCCACCACCUCCUGUCCUAGUCCUCCCACCAAGGCAACCCGUCCCCUCUCCAUCUCCUACUACCGGUUCGGACACUCCACGAAAUACUACAGAAGAAACCGAUGAUGCUACAAUAUCUCCAAGGACUCCAAACACUUGAAACGUAGAAGCUGAUGAACUUUAUAGUUGUUGAAUUUUUCAACCAUUUUUUAUCUUGUUUUUUUUUUCUUUAAUUGAAAACUAACCAUUGUUUAUGUGAAGGUACAAAAAAUGCAGUAUGUUGCAAGAAUAAAUAAAGGAAGUUGAAAUGUAAAUGCAA